AUGCUCCGGCCCGAUCCGCCCCAUCGCACGGCCUCUGCUCCUCCCCGCUCGGCCAGAUCCGCCCAUACCGCAUCUUCAUGCCCAGCCAUGGCGGCGUGCGUUGAUCCAUGGCUGCGACGGGUGGGGUUUCCAUGGCCACGCCGACCGGUGCGAUGGCAUCGCACCACUAGUGUCGAGGAAACCGUGACACCCUUGGUGGCUGCGCUGCCGGUGGACCAUAGUGACCGCCGGAGAACACUGAGGGCGAGUUCUCGAGCUCGAGCACGAGGUCAUCCCGGGGUCAUAGAGAGCCUCAAGGUGGAGGAGAUAGCUGAAGACGGGGGUGCUGUUGAUGGUAUAAAAGGCGUUAAUAAAAUAGAGUUUUCUGAAGAACAGAGGAGAAAAUAUAGAAAGGUAAGAGAAGAAGGUGAUGCAAAUGCUAUAAAACUUUUGCGACAUUAUAUGAAAAAAAAGACACGAGGCUGCUGUAAGGACCAUAAUGUCACUUUGAUGCUUCUUCCAAGCUUUUGA